CGAGGCUUCGCUACCAUUUGCUGCGGCCGCGGGGCGCGGGGGGCAGUGGCGGCGGUGCCGACCGCAGGGACCCGCAGCGACCCGGUACCUGAGAGGCGUGCCCGAGCGCGGGGAGGCAGCGGGCCCAGAAGGCCGCGUCCAUGGGCCCGCGACGGCCGGGCGGUGGCUGUACGGGCGGGCGGCGGGGACCGCGCUCUCUGUGAGGGCCCGGGGCGCGGGGCCCGGCGUGGAGGUGCCCGGGCGCGCCGUGCAUCGCAGCGCCGUCGUGCGAGGAAAGGCCUGGCCCUCAUCCCGGGGCCCGAGAAGCCAUUCUGACCGCCGGGGACGCGCUCCGGCCUGCGUCCGCGGCCGGGCUGUAAGGCGGCGGCCGGCGAGGGCAUGCCGCGGCGCCGGCGCUGAGCCCGGCCUGUCUCCGGAGCCCGCCGUGCAUGGUGCCGCCGCCCCUCCAGCCGCCGUCCGCCGCGGAGCGCGCCGGACCGGGCCAUCGGGCCUCGUCGCGCCGCCGCGCCGACCAUGUCGGCAGCCAAGGAGAACCCGUGCAGGAAAUUCCAGGCCAACAUCUUCAACAAGAGCAAGUGUCAGAACUGCUUCAAGCCCCGCGAGUCGCAUCUGCUCAACGACGAGGACUUGACGCAGGCAAAACCCAUUUACGGUGGCUGGCUGCUCCUGGCUCCAGAUGGGACUGACUUUGACAACCCAGUGCAUCGAUCUCGGAAAUGGCAGCGGCGGUUCUUCAUCCUGUACGAGCAUGGCCUCCUGCGCUACGCCCUGGACGAGAUGCCUACAACCCUCCCUCAGGGCACCAUCAACAUGAACCAGUGCACAGACGUGGUGGACGGAGAGGGCCGGACAGGCCAGAAAUUCUCCCUGUGCAUUCUGACGCCCGAGAAGGAGCAUUUCAUCCGGGCAGAGACCAAGGAGAUCAUCAGCGGAUGGUUAGAGAUGCUCAUGAUCUAUCCCAGGACCAACAAGCAGAACCAGAAGAAGAAGCGGAAAGUGGAGCCUCCCACUCCACAGGAGCCCGGGCCAGCCAAGAUGGCUGUUACCACCACCAGCAGCAGCAGCAUUCCCAGUGCCGAGAAAGUCCCCACCACCAAGUCUACCCUCUGGCAGGAGGAAAUGAGGGCCAAGGACCAGCCAGAUGGGAGCAGCCUGAGUCCAGCUCAGAGUCCCAGCCAGAGCCAGCCUCCUGCAAGCAGCGCCCUGAGGGAACCUGGGCUGGAGGGCAAAGAUGAGGAGAGCACCAUGAGCAGUGACCGCAUGGACUGUGGCCGCAAAGUCCGGGUGGAGAGUGGCUACUUCUCCCUGGAGAAGACCAAGCAGGACUUGAAGGCCGAGGAGCAGCAGCUGCCCCAGCCGGUCUCCCCUCCUAGCCCCAGCACCCCCAACAACAGGUAUGGUGGCCCCGGACCGCCCUCCCAGGAGCUUGGUCAUCCCCUUCCUCCCCCAGGUCCUCGACCCCCCUGUCGAAUGGUCUGCAGCAGCUACCUCAGCUCUCUGGAUGUGGCCAGCCGGCCCCCUGCUCACAUGGACUCCGGCAGCACUGGGGGGCGGGGAGCAGAGAGACUGGGGUGCACCUUUGCCUUUAAAGCCAGCAGGCAGUAUGCCACCCUGGCCGACGUCCCUAAGGCCAUCAGGAUCAGCCACCGAGAAGCCUUCCAGGUGGAGAGAAGGCGGCUGGAGCGUAGCACUCGGGCCCGGAGCCCUGGCAGGGAAGAGGUGGCCCGUCUGUUUGGCAACGAGCGGAGGAGGUCCCAGGUAAUUGAGAAAUUUGAGGCCUUGGAUAUUGAGAAGGCAGAGCACAUGGAAACCAACUUGUCAGCUGGACCCUCACCAUCAAGCGACACUCGCCAGGGCCGUAGUGAGAAGAGGGCAUUCCCCAGGAAGCGGGACCUCCCCAGUGAAGCCCCCACAGCUCCUCUCCCGGACGCCUCAGCCUCCCCCCUGUCUCCACACCGAAGAGCCAAGUCACUGGACAGGAGGUCCAUGGAGUCCUCCCUGACGCCUGACCUGCUGAAUUUCAAGAAAGGCUGGCUGACCAAGCAGUACGAGGACGGCCAGUGGAAGAAACACUGGUUUGUCCUUGCUGAUCAAAGCCUCAGAUACUAUAGGGAUUCGGUGGCCGAGGAGGCAGCUGACUUGGAUGGGGAAAUUGACUUGUCUACAUGUUAUGAUGUCACAGAGUAUCCAGUCCAGAGAAAUUACGGCUUUCAGAUACAUACAAAGGAGGGCGAAUUCACCCUCUCUGCUAUGACGUCGGGAAUCCGGCGGAAUUGGAUCCAGACCAUCAUGAAGCACGUCCAUCCGACCUCUGCCCCAGAUGUGACAAGCUCACUGCCAGAGGAGAAAAACCGGAACAGCUCCUCCUUCGAGAGCUGCCUGAGGCCCAGUGAGAAGCAAGAGCUGGAGCCCAGAGAGCCAGACGCUGAGCAGAAGAGGAGCCGUGCUCGGGAGCGGAGGCGGGAGGGCCGCUCCAAGACCUUUGAUUGGGCUGAGUUCCGCCCCCUGCAGCAGGCCCUGGCUCAGGAGAAGGCCCGCGCCACAGCGCCCCCUGACGCUCUUCCUGAGGCAGAGACAGGAGAGCUGGAGCGGGAGCGUGCUCGCAGGCGGGAAGAACGCCGCAAGCGCUUCGGGAUGCUCGACACUGUGGAUGGGCCAGGCACUGACGAUGCGGCCUUGCGGAUGGAGGUUGAUCGGAGCCCGGGGCUGCCUAUGCCCCCCGACCCCAAGACACAGAACGUCCACGUAGAGAUCGAGCAGCGGUGGCAUCAGGUGGAGACCACCCCUCUACGGGAAGAAAAGCAGGUGCCCAUUGCCCCUCUGCACCUGUCCUCUGAGGACAGAAGUGACAGGCUCUCCACUCAUGAGCUGACUUCUCUGCUGGAGAAGGAGUUGGAGCAGAGCCAGAAGGAGGCCUCAGACCUUUUGGAGCAAAACCGGCUCCUGCAGGAUCAGCUGAGAGUGGCUCUGGGCCGGGAGCAGAGUGCCCGGGAGGGCUAUGUGCUGCAGACUGAAGUGGCCACCUCCCCACCUGGUGCCUGGCAGAGGCUCCACAGAGUCAAUCAAGAUCUACAAAGGGAGCUGGAGGUCCAGUGCCGGCGCCAGGGGCUAACCAUGCAGCAGACCCAGGCCCCGAAGCGCAGCUAUGGGGAGGCCAAGGACACAGUCCGGCACCACGAGGCUGAGAUCCACAGCCUCCAGGCGAGGCUCAGCAGUGCUGCCGCCGAGCUCACCAUCAAGGAACAGGCACUGGCCAAGCUCAAGGAUGACCUGAAACUGGAGAAGGAGAAGGUCCGUGAGCAUUUGGAGGAGUGGCAGCACAACAAGGCUGCACUGAGCGGUCAGCUCCAGGCCAGCGAGCAGAAGCUCAAGAGCGCGGAGGCCCUGCUGCUGGAGAAGACGCAGGCGCUGCGGGACCUGGAGACACAGCAGGCGCUGCAGAGGGACCGGCAGAAGGAGGUGCAAAGGCUGCAGGAGCGUAUCGCGGAUCUCAGCCAGCAGCUCAGCGCCAGUGAGCAGGCCCAGCGGCUGAUGGAGGAGAAGCUGCAGAGGAACUAUGAGCUGCUGCUGGAGAGCUGUGAGAAGGAAAAGCAGGUGCUGCUGCAGAAUCUCAGGCAGGUGGAGGACAAGGCCAGCGCGUAUGAGGACCAGCUCCAGGACCACGAACGACAGAUGGAGCUCCUCCAGAAGGAGAAGCUGAGUGCCAGGUUUGAGGGCAGCGAGGCUGUGCACCAGCUGGAGGAGCAGCUGCAGAUGAAGGAGGCCAGCAUCCACAAGCUGGCCGAGCAUGUCCAAAGCCUCAGAGACGAGCGGGACCUGAUCAAGCAGCGGUUCCAGGAGCUGAUGGAGCGAGUUGCCCUGUCUGAUGGAGACGUUGCUGAGCUUCAGGAGAAGCUGAGGGGAAGAGAGGCAGACUACCAGAGCCUGGAGCACUCCUACAGGAGGGUAGCCAGCCAGCUCCAGGGCAUGCACACUCUGCUGAAAGAGAAGGAGGAAGAGCUGAAGCACAUCAAGGAAAUGCACGAGAAAGUUCUGGAAAAGAAAGAUCAGGACCUCAACGAGGCUUUGGUUAAAAUGGUUGCCUUGGGGAGCAGCUUAGAGGAAACAGAAAUGAAGCUCCAGACAAAGGAAGAGAUUUUAAGGACGUUUACAAAGGCGUCAUUGGAGGAAGCUGAGGAGCCGCAGAGCUCCCUGGAAGAAGCAGAGGAGGAUAGCAUUGCACUUUCAGGCCUGCAGCUCCAAGCCUCAGACACAUCUCCAGGCUUCCCACACUUGAGGCUUGGGGAGGAUGACCCAGGGGCUUCCCCUAGGGAGAAACAUGGGCAUAGCAGCCCUAGGAGAGAGGUGAGCAUAAUACCCCCGAAGUCAGAAGUGCCUGACAAGGAGGGGCACUCGAAGAACACAGCAAAAUGUGAGCAGGGAGUACCCAGCGUGAAAAGGCAAAGAAUCCGGUUCUCCACAAUCCAGUGCCAGAAGUACACCCAGCCUGAUGGGUCCGAGAAGACCUGGGCCAGUAGCACGUCUUCCGACACAAGUCAGGACCGGUCACCCUCAGAGGAAAGCAUGUCGUCAGAGGCCACCCUCAGUUCGCUCCCUGCAGCCAGUGACUCUGAUACCUACCUCUCCAUCAUACACUCCCUGGAGACCAAGCUCUACAUCACAGAAGAGAAGCUCAAAGAUGUGACGGUGAAGCUGGAGAGCCAGCAGGGCCAGAGCCAGGAGGCCCUGCUCACGCUGCACCACCAGUGGGCCGGCACCGAGGCACGGCUCCGAGAGCAGCUCCGCGCCAGCCUGCUCCAGGUUGGCGUGCUGGCCUCCCAGCUGGAGCAGGAGAAACAGGCUAGGGCAAAGAUAGUUGAAAAUCAUGUCGGGGAGCUUGGCAAUUUCCAGGUAAAAAACACUCAGGCCUUGGCUUGCUUAGAAAAUUGCCGAGAACAGCUACGAUCUCUGCCGGGGUCUGGCCAGGAGGAAGCACAGGAGGCAGGAGUGGGCCCCCUGGCCACCGUGGAGCGAGUGCUGGUCACUGCCAUUCAGGCCCUGCGUCACUGGCCAGCCCCUGCAGACAGCGGGCCCCAUGCUCAGCCAGAGGAAGGGAGCUUCUUAGAGAAAGGGAAAGAGACUUCGCAGCAGCCACUUCACCUGCCUGAGCUAACUGAGCAGGAGCAGCUGAAGCUCCUUUCUGAUCAAAUAGCUCUGGAAGCGUCACUGAUAAACCAAAUAGCAGACUCUUUAAAAAAUACAACAUCAGAUAUCUCACGCGUCCUCCAUGAGAUUUCUCAGUCAGGAAAAUUGCCCCUGGAGUCUGGAAGUGCUGCGGUCUGCCUUGGGGCCACAGCAGACACCUGGGCUAAGAAGGUCCUGGUGGAUGGUGAAUUCUGGAGCCACGUUGAAUCCCUGAGUAAGCACCUGGGGAUGCGGGGAGGAGAGGCAGCCAGUGCAUCAGGAGGUGGGCAGCAGAGCAUCCCACAAGCCCUGGUCCCUGCCCUGGCAGACGCUACGUGGGUCAGGGCAGAGCUCAGCUUUGCUGUGCAGUCGCUGAGGGAGUCAUUCCACCGUCGGUUGCGGAGCAUCCAGGAGACUCUCCAGGGGACCCAGACGGCUCUGCAGCAGCACAAGCACAUGCUGGGGGAAAUCCUGGGAGCCUACCAAACCCCUGACUUUGAGAGAGUGAUGCAGCAGGUCUCAGAAGCCCUCACACUUCCAGCAGGCAUUGCAGAUGGUGAACAGGCGUCCUGGGACUUGGGCCCAUUACAGGAAGAACUGAGUCGUCAGGAUGUAGCCAGCUCCCAGGAGCCCUUUCAUUUGUCCGAUCAGAGCUCUGGGGCCCUCGUUGCUAUUCAGGAAGAACUCGCCCUACAGCUUAAAGAUAAGGCCAGCCUCUUAAGAGAGAUAUCUGCCUCUUUAAUUUCUCUCCCUUCUGUGGAAUCAGUAAGAGAUUGUCAGCAGCUUCUUCAGGUGUCCCAGAAUCUUUCCUAUAACACUUAUUUGGGAGGCCUCGGUCAGUAUUCUUCAUUACUAGUUAAAGAUGCAAUUAUUCAGGCGCAGGUGUGUUAUGCAGCCUGCAAAAUCCGGCUGGAGUAUGAAAAGGAGCUCCAGUGCUACAAGCAGUCCUGGCAGAGCAGGGGGGCCUCCUGUCAGGAGCACGAGCAAGCUGUUGGGGCCCUGAGGGAGGAGUAUAAGGAACUUCUCCAGAAGCAGAAGAGCGAGUACCUGGAAGUGAUUGCCAUCGUUCAAAGGGAAAAUGCAGAGCUCAAGGCCCAGGUCACCCAACUAGACCAUCAGCAGAGGUAUCUGGAAGAAGUGGAAAGCAAGCACAGUGAGAACAUGUCUGCCCUGCAAGGGAGGUACGAGGAGGAGAUCAGGUGUGUGGUGGAGCAGUUGAACAGAACAGAGAAUACACUGCAGGCUGAGCACAGCAGAGUCCUCAGCCAGCUGGAUGCCUCUGUCAGAGACAGGCAGGACAUGGAGAGGCACCACGUAGAGCAGAUGCAGACCCUGGAGGACAAGUUCCAGCUGAAGGUCAAAGAGCUACAGACCAUCCACGAGGAAGAGCUGAGGACCUUGCAGGAGCACUACUCCCAGAACCUCCAGUGCCUGCAGGAGACCCUCUGCCACUACCAGGGGCGGCCCCCGGAAGCCCUCCUGGCUGGCAGCGUCCACCAGCCCCCUGCCUCCACGUGGCCAGCUGACCAGCCCAGGGAGCCCCUGCAGGUGGCCACCGGGGAGGCUGACUCCAUGACAGGGCUGAGAGAGCGCAUCCAGGAGCUGGAGGCUCAGAUGGACAUCAUGCGGGAGGAGCUGGAGCACAAGGACCUGGAGGGCAACACAGCCACACUGCGGGAGAAGUACCAGAAAGACUUUGAGAACCUUAAGGCCACAUGUGAACGAGGGUUUGCAGCCAUGGAGGAGACGCACCAGAAGAAGAUUGAAGACCUCCAGAGGCAGCACCAGCGGGAACUGGAGAAACUGCGGGAGGAGAAAGACCGCCUCCUGGCUGAGGAGACUGCGGCCACCAUCUCAGCCAUUGAAGCCAUGAAGAACGCCCACCGGGAGGAGAUGGAGCGUGAGCUGGAGAAGAGCCAGCGGUCCCAGAUCAGCAGCAUCAACUCGGACAUCGAGGCCCUGCGGCGGCAGUAUCUGGAGGAGCUGCAGUCGGUGCAGCGGGAGCUGGAGGUCCUCUCUGAGCAGUACUCACAGAAGUGCCUGGAGAACGCCCACCUCGCCCAGGCGCUGGAGGCAGAGCGGCAGGCCCUGCGGCAGUGCCAGCGUGAGAACCAGGAGCUCAACGCCCACAAUCAGGAGCUGAACAACCGCCUGGCUGCGGAGAUCGCCCGGCUGCGGACACUGCUGACUGGAGACACCAGCGGGGAGGCUGCCGGCUCACCCCUCACACAGGGCAAGGAUGCCUAUGAGUUGGAGGUCUUACUGCGAGUCAAGGAAUCAGAAAUACAGUACCUAAAACAGGAGAUCAGCUCUCUCAAGGAUGAGCUACAGACGGCCUUGCGGGACAAGAAAUACGCUAGUGACAAGUACAAAGACAUCUAUACAGAGCUCAGCAUCGUGAGGGCAAAGGCUGACUGCGAUAUCAGCAGGUUGAAAGAGCAGCUGAAAACAGCCACAGAAGCACUGGGUGAAAAAUCCCCCGAGAACACCCCUGUGUCAGGAUAUGAUAUAAUGAAAUCUAAAAGCAACCCUGACUUCUUAAAAAAGGACAGAUCCUGUGUCAGUCGGCAACUCAGGAACAUCAGGUCCAAGAGUCUAAAGGAAGGCUUGACGGUGCAAGAACGUUUGAAGCUCUUUGAAUCCAGGGACUUGAAGAAAGACUAACUGUUGCGUUCUGUUUGAACACACACCCUUCCCAGCUUGUGGCAGCACAACCCAAACGCUACUUUUCGUCUGUACCUUUAUUUUUAUUAUUAUUAUUGUUAUUGUCAUUAUUAACUGUGGGUAUGGAUGCAUGAGAGACUGGUUUAUGGGUUGUUCACACCAUUCCCUGCUGUGCUGAUUCCAGCUUCCUAUUGUCUUUAUCCGAGCUCUUCUCCGUGGCACCCUAAACAAGCCAAGCAGUGGGGGCUGCGAACGCCGCCUGCUGCCGCUGGGUCAGUGUGGGCGUCCCUUCCCGCUGCCGUCCGCCUCCCUCCCUCCCUCACUGUCAGUAUUAAGGCCCAGCAGCCUGUCGAUAAGCUCGCUCUGCCUCGCCGAGAGCACCGGGGAGGGCAAGAGUCGGCCCUGGGGCUGCAGCUCUGCUGCACACCGGGUCCCUUGGAGAGAGAACAAGCCGUCGGGAUGUGGUUUUGCCUGGCUCACAACACUGACAACUCGCUAGCUGCCGGGGGAGCCGGGGGAGCAGGGCCAGGGCGGGGUCUGCACCACCUUUAGCUCGGGGGAGGUCAGCAUUUUGUAUUUGUUCCACUAAUGCAGCCUAGAACCACACCCCAGAUAAUUGUGGUAAACUUUUCACAACCUUGAAAAUGUCGAAAACAGCCUUUCCUAUUUUUGUUUUUUAUUAAAUCUUGCACAAAACCCCACCCCUCUCAUUCCUUCCUCCGCUCGGCCCUUUCUUGGUCACCAGUCACCCUGGUUUUUCCAUGCCGGCCCAGCCUGUGGCCCUGCGGCCGGGGUUUUAGGCUCUACGUGGCUAUGAGGACCAGCUCCCCCCGGGCAUCAUUCACAGGACAGACGGUCCCUUUCUGUGACCUCUCUGCACAGAAACCUCAUGUUCUGAAAAGGUGAAGAGAAGACUCCUAUGUUAAGUCAAAGAGAAAGUGCAGAGGAUGUCAAAAUCAGAUGAGAACGGCCCAUUAUUUUGUGUUCUUGGCCCUGAUGAAUCUGAGAUCUGAACAGUUCUCUUUUAGCAUUGAGAGCCUAAAGUAAACCUGUACUAAUAAUUAAUUGUGCUUUUUUAACAGGUUGAAUAAGACCUUUUUAACUGCCACAAAACACUCUACAAAACUUCUUGUAAAGACCAUAAAUUGGAGUUUCUUUCAUGGGCCCAUAGAAACUGCUCAUCCUGAGAGAAGGAGUAUAAACCAACCAGGGGAGCCAACUCUGCUGCCUUAGCAGCGAGCAGCGGGCUGAGAGCAGAGCACGCGAGGGCGUGCCCACUGGCCGUGCCUGCGUCCGUUGGUCUGUGAGCGUGUUGCCAAGAGUAUGCUUUCGCGCUGUUUUAAUGCUUGCGUUAGUUUGUUAGUCUGUGGGUACACAGAUACUUCAGGGGUAAAAACGUAGAGGACCAUCAUGACUGCCUUCAUCUUGCUCAGUUUCUAGAUUAGUGAACAAGGUCAUUUGGGAAGAGCCCUAGAAAGGCCAGACGGAAGGCACCAGGUGCUGUCUGCUCACUGCAGUGGCCACGGAGCUGCGUGCUGGCCUCGGCCUUCCCUGUUCACACCCGUCAGCCCCCAGCCACUGAGCUCCUUGGUGGUUUGUUUUUGUUUUUUUACUUUUUUUUUUUUCUUUAAUCCUCAGCUGAGGGCAUCUAUUCAUUUUUAGAGAGGAAGGGGUGGGAAGAGAGAGAAAUAUCAAUGAAGUAGAAACAUCGAUUGGUUGCCUCCCAUACACACCCUGACCAGGAAUCGAACCUGCAACCUUGGUGUACUGGGAUGGUGCUCCAACCAACUGAACCACCCGGUGAGGACUCUUCCAUGUUUCUAAAAGCAGGCGGAUGUCAGCUCUGUUCUUUAAAUUCGACUUAGCCGACAGCCCCUGCCACGUAGACUGGCAGCGGUUUUAUAAGGACGGUAACCUUUCUGUGUCACGCUCAGAGUGGGCGCGAGGAGAAGGAAUGUUUGGGACCUGCGGCCCUGCUGUCUCCAGCAGGUGUCCUCUGGGGCCGAGUGCUGUGACACGAAGCAGGUUUGGUGGACGGGCCCGUCCACCUGGUCUCUGUGUGGCUGCCUGGGCAGUAGGUUUUAUGUCAUCCCUUCCGAGAACUGGCCUCAUCAAGCCGGUGUCCUCUGUGACUGCCCUCCUGCCUGGGGACUCGUCUCUCCAGGUGGCCUCAUGCCUCUAGCGUCCGCGAGGCCCCUGGGCAGGCCCUGCACGGAGUCGAGCGCCCCCUUCCUCCUGUUGUGAGGGUCUGAAGUCUGCAGUGCUGUCGAGCAGGUCAAAAGAGCAUUCAUUUUACUGCCAUGUCCCUUGACGUGAGAGCUCAGGACUCCUGGGGAACAAACGUGUUAGGUGCGGCGUUAGGGGGUCGGAGGGAGCUCUCUCACCACGGCAGCUUUUGUAAAGGACCCUCCCACUCACCCCAGAAACAACAGGGGCUGGUUCAGUCCCGAGGCUGCCAGGAAGUGGACUCCGGAUGCUACGCUGGCUGAGGAAUAAAGGUGCUCUUGCCGCUGCCCCCCCUCCCCCACAAAAGGCUGGUCGUGCUGCAGCCUCCCUGGGCCUGGCUGCCGUUUGGCAUUGAUAGCGCCUGCCAGGCUCUGAGCCAGGCCUGGACGCCCGGUGCUCAGUCCUGGUCUCCAGCUAGAACGAGCACACAGUGCAAAGAGGGCCUUCCCCCCCAGCCUGCGUGUCCACUGUGGUCCUGCCAGUCCCCACUGGACAGUGUCCCCCGAGUGCUUCCUGCAUCCACCAAAACCCCAGGAAGAAUUCAGCCACCUGACCACUGAGAAGAGAAGGAAUAGCAGUAUGGAGGUCGAGUUGGUUUCUGUGUUGCCGCAGAAAGGUCCCCGGGUCAGGGCUGAGCCGCCACAGGGCUGUGGUGGGGGACGGGGGGACAGUGAGCCCGGCUGCCCUGUGCCUGCUGCUCCCAGCAUACGCCCCGCUUCCCAGGGAGCAAAAUGUUACCAUGCACAACUCUUUUUCCUGUAAAUGUUUGCUGCUUUGCUUCCAGUCUGCAAGCAACUGCACGUGAACUGUGGCAAACAUCAGUGGGAAGAUUUCGUGGGGCAGUUUUGUGCACACACACUGAUGUGCACACAGCGCGUGCAUGCAAUUUCCAGCUCUUUUCCCACACUGAUGCCAGCGCCUGGGCAGAUCCAAAAGCGGUCGCUCCAGCGGACUGGGGCCACCGGCAGCCUCC